UUCGGAGAGAUCCAGGGAUCUCUCAGUCCAUAAACACUUCCGAAUACCCAACAGUGCUAGACCUACGCUCAAAUUUAUUCUAAUAAGUAACUCCGGAAAUCAAAAGAAAGCGUAAAAUAUAUAGUUUUUGAGUUUUGUUUUUGGUACUUUUUGUACGUUUUAGAUACUUUUUUACACAGCUAUCGUUUCUCUAGAGGUUUACUGGAUCUCUAGUUGAGCAAUAAUGUUCGACACCACGCUGGGAACCGUUCUGGGCCUAUUGGCUCAGUUUCUAUAUCUGAUAAUCGGUCAGGUGCUAUCACAGGUGGUCCAGCACCCGCUGGUCACCACGGCACUGUGCCUGCUGGUGGCCCUUGCCUACCAGACCGACCAGGAUUCGCUGAAAGAGGCCUACCAGCGGGCGUGUUUCUGGAUGAGGAAUCCUCUUCGAUCCGGCAGUAAUUAUUGUUGCAGCUCAAAAUAUCCUGCCGUAAACUAUGGUUAUGACAUGGUUCAUGGCCCCCACACCUGGCUGGGACAGCCAGAGGCAUCCAGUGGAUGUGGAGUAGAGGAAAAUCACUAUCAAAGUCCAAUUAACAUUGAUGAGAGCCAGGUCCAAAGACUUGCCAUUAGAGAGCUGCUUAACUGGAAUCACUACGAUGAUCUACCGGCAAGCAUACAGCUGGAGAAUACUGGCCAAACUCUGGUGCUCCGCGCCCAGUUCCGUGGGAAUGCGCCCACCAUCAGCGGAGCAGAUCUGCUGGCCAGCUACACGUUCGUGGAGCUGCGCUUCCACUGGGGCUGGUGCAACAGCGAGGGCUCUGAGCACACGAUCAACCACCGCAAGUUCCCACUGGAGAUGCAGGUGAUGCACCGUGCCGGGUCGGGCGUCCCGCGCCCCUGCACCAGCAGCUAUGACCUCCUCAUGCUCGGCUACGUCUUCGAACUGUCUGCCCACAAUCCAUUCCUAGACCCGCUUGUGCAGAACCUGCGUCUUGUCCAGAAGCCGGGGAAGCGCGUUCAGAUCCAGCCCUUUCCGCUCUCCUACUUGAUCUAUGCUUUUCGCACCGGCUUUUACUCCUACGGAGGAUCGCUGACCCAUCCGCCCUGCUACCAGGGCACCGAAUGGUUCAUCUUCCCCGAGUCGCUGGCCAUCAGCGACUUUCAGCUACGCCACUUUCGCCUACUCCUGGGUCCGGAUGGGAUAACACCGAUAACUCGCAACUGCCGCCCAGUCCAGCAGGUGGGCAAUCGGGUGGUGAGCCUGAAUUGCUUCUGUCCCUACAACGCCACCCAGCUAGCCCGUAUGCAUGUGGAUCUCUGCCAGCAGCAGGCCCAGGGGGAGCCGGAUGAAGAGCGCUUGGAGCGGGAGCAGCUGCAAGAGAUGGAGCGACUUCAGGCGAUCGAGCGCCAGAGGAAGCUGGAGCUUGAGGUGGAGCAUGAACACGAGGCGGCAGCAGCCGCCGCAAUCGCCUCCGAAGAAGACGGACAGCUCCUGGAGACCAUCGAAACAACCACCAUAAUCACCAGCAGAAGCAACACAAGCAUCUGCAUGACCACACUGAUGCGCUCGGACUCGGCCCAGGACCAGGAGCCGCACCCAUCUAACAUCACAUCGCAACCCUCUAGCCAGAGUUCCAUUCGCCCCGCCGACAUUGUCAUCUUCAGCGGCUCCAAUGCCGGAAAGUGCGGGCUCCAGCUGAACCCUCCCGAGGAGUCCAUGAUCCUGGACAACAGGGGAUUCAGCGUUGGCCAAAACGGCUGCAAGGGCGAAGCCAUCGGCGGCGUUGGCGAUGGCGUCAACAUCGGAGUCCGCCUAGAGAUGGUUGAAUAGGCUGAUUACGAUAAAGCCCCCAUACACUCCAGUCGUUAUCCUAACUGCAUGUUAAACUGGAAACCUAGAUCAGUGGUCAAAGCCUAACUGGGGGCCAGCUGCCGCUCGCUGUAUGUGAGCCGGGAACUAAUUGUAUCGCGUGCGCAUGGAUUAAACAAGUUUGCGUUUAUAUUUUCUGAAGCAUAACCAACAA